ACAGAUAGCAGGGGCCCGACGCUUGCUGUAAAGGUCCGAGUGACACUCCUUUCCAACAUCAGAAUGCAAUCAUACGCUCGCUUCCUAUCAUAUCGCAGGCAUCGAAAAUAAGUGGUCACUGGACAGGCACCCUGCCUCAAACGCGCUCUGGAGGUGAAGCGAUGUUGACGGAGGUUGUCAGGUCGAGCCGACUAUGACCUCGUUGCCGCGUGCGCCUGGGCACAUCGGCCAGGCUCUACAUGAGAGACACGGAAGCCGAUGACGGUUCCCCGCCGUAUAUAAGAUCACGCCCACACGCGCGUUCAGCGGCCUCCUGUCGCGUCCUCUCCCCUUCUUCGUGGAUUUGCCGCCUACCGGAAGGUCGCCAUGGUGUCUUGGUCGCUCCGCACUUCGGUCGUCGCGCUCGCGUGUGUCUCCGGCACCCUUGCUGCCAACAUUCAAAGCCCCUUCGUGAUCUUGCCUCUGGAUGCUCCCAUACACAGGCAGAACGUCAAGAACAUCUUCUUGACGAGCUGGGACGCGUAUAAGCAGUAUGCGUACCCUCACGACGACCUGACCCCCAUUUCGGAGUCUUGGACCGAUGGCCGCAAUGGUUGGAGUGCGUCGCUCGUGGACGCCCUCACCACUCUCGCUAUCAUGGGCGAGACGGAAAUCUUCGAGGAAGCCGUCAACCACACCGCCACUGUGGACUUCACGAUUGACCAUUCUAAUAGCACUGCUAGUGUCUUCGAGUCUACCAUCCGUUACGUUGGCGGUAUGCUCAGCGCAUACGAGCUGACCAACAAGAAGUACCCUGUACUCGUGAAGCAGGCUCAGACACUCGCGGACAAGCUUUCUGCCGCAUGGUCUCUUGGCAAUGUUGUUCCCUACGGCGAGGUGGACGUCAACACCAGCACGCCAGCGAUUGCGACGUCUAAUAUCGCUGAGGCGGGCACACUGACCUUGGAGUGGUCACGCCUUGCCGAGUACACCGGGAACGACACUUAUCGGGCUCUCGCCGAAAACUCCGUGAGAACCAUUAUCGCUGAGCCAGAUCCUAUUCCCGGCUUCCCGGCUCAGGGUAUUGACCCCGCGACCAACCAGCCCGUUGGUGCAUACGUCACCUGGGGCGGAGGAUCCGACAGCUACCUCGAGUACCUAAUCAAGUAUGCUCGUCUCACGAACACCAAUGAUAACAUCUUUGCGGACACUUGGGCUACCGCCGUCGAUUCGUCUAUUAGGACUCUUCUGAGGAAAUCGACUGUCGGGAACUGGACUUACCUUGCCGAUCUCGACGACAGCGGCACCAUCCGCCACAUUGGCUCACACCUCGCGUGCUUCAUGGCUGGCAACUGGAUCAUGGGCGGUCAGCUCCUCAACAACCAGACCAUUGUCAAUCACGGUCUCGACCUCAACGAGGGUUGCUGGAACACCUAUGCGAGCACGGCCACCGGCAUUGGUCCGGAGGCGUUUGGCUACUUCUCUACAGAUGGCAACUAUACCGGAUCGACCCCCUCUGAGGGCGACAUUUCGUUCUACGACCAACAUGGCUUCUUCAUCCUCGAUGGCUCCGAGUACUACUACAUGCGCCCCGAGGUGCUCGAGUCCAACUUCUACGCGUGGCGCCAUACGGGCAACGUCAAGUACUACGAACGCGCGAUCUCCGCAUACAAGAGUUUCCAGACGUAUCUCAAGACGCCAACCGUCGCGUUCGCGCCGAUCAACAACGUCAACCAGCUCGACUCUGGCUUCAUCGACGACAUGGAGAGCUUCUGGUUCGCCGAGGUCCUCAAGUACCUAUACCUCACCUUCGACGAUCCCAACCACAUCAGCUUGGACAAGUUUGUCUUCAACACUGAGGCGCACCCGUACAUCGCGCCCCCCGCGAAGGCGUCCUACGGUAGCGGCAAGUUGCGCGGCCCCGCGUCGACGCCGUUCAAGCCCCUCUCUGGCAACCUCCCUCUCGUCAGCGCAGCCGCCAAGCUUCCUGUGAAGGAGCCGAACUGA